UGUAACAAUGGGUACAUAAUGAGCCAUCUUUAGAAAAUAAAAGUGACAUCGGCUCUAGGCUAUCGCCCCAUUCCAGCAGAGACUUAUGUAGGAGGGACCUUACCUCUGCCUCCCCCAGUUAGUGACAGGAUGAGGAAAAGAAGGGCCUUUGCUGAUAAAGAGUUGGAGAACAUUAUGCUGGAGAGAGAAUAUAAAGAGAGGGAAAUGUUGGAAACUUCCCAAGCUGCCUUGUUCCUGCCCAACCGCAUGGUGCAUGGACCUGAAUACAACUCCUACAAAAGUGCCUACAGCCCCACCCCAGUAGAAGCACCAAGCAAAGACUUCUGCAAUUUUUUGCCCACCUGCCUUGAUCUAACCAUGCAGUAUUCAGGGUCUGGUAAUAUGGAACUGAUUUCUUCCAAUGUUAGCGUGGCCACAACUUACAGACAGUAUCCCUUGUCCUCGAGACUUUUAGUUUGGCCCAAGUGUGGCCCCAUUAGUGACGCUCUCCUCUACCAGCAAUGCCUGCUAAAUGCCACCACUUCAGUUCAAGCCCUGAAACCUGGGGCCAGCUGGGACUUGAAGGGAACACGAGUCCAGGACGGACUCAGUGCGGAACAUGACAUGAUGCCUCCGAAAUUGGAAGGCUCCCUGGUGCUGCCUCACACUCCUGAGGUCCAGACCUCCAGAAGUGACCUUCAGGGUCACCAGGCUGUCCCCGAGAGGUCUGCAUUCUCCCCACCCCGACGGAAUUUCUCUCCGAUUGUUGACACGGACUCCUUGGCAGCUCAAGGGCACGUCUUAACCAAGAUCAGCAAAGAAAACACGAGGCACCCUCUGCCACUUAGACAUAAUCCAUUCCAUGCAUUAUUCCAGCAAACGCUUAAUGACAAAUCAGGUCCUGAGUUGAAAACACCAUUUGUCAAAGAGGCCUUUGAAGAAACCUCUAAGAAACACAGAGAGUGUUUAGUCAAGGAGAACCAGAAGUACACUUUUACAAUAGAUAGAUGCGCAAAAGACCUUUUCGUAGCCAAACAAGUUGGAACAAAACUCUCGGUGAAUGAACCGCUGUCAUUUUCUGUUGAGUCUAUUCUUAAGAGGCCUUCUUCUGCCAUCACUCACGUUUCUCAGUAAAAGCUGCUUAAAUGGAAAGCUGGACUUUCUGCAGUCUCAGAGGGUUCUUGCUAUUUGCUGAUAUUAUGUUAAAGUUAAGUUGUUUGUAUACAGAAUUUUCUAAUGUAAAUGAUGAUUUCUAAAAAUUCUACAUAUUCAUAUGCAUGUACUUCUCUUUGUCCCAUAAAUAUAUUUAAACUUAAAGAUGGAAA